AUGAUCGGUCUUAAGAAACGGGUCCGAACGGAUGGAGGAUACGCAGACCGUUUCAAGGAGGCUUUCCGACCGGAAUCCCUGAGGACCAGCAUUUGGAGCGACCAGGGAUCAGAUCCAGAAUCCGCUGGUGAGGAUGAGCCUCAUCAACUGGGUUUCUCGCCAGAACCGGAUGCGGGAAAUAGCUCAGCUGCCGAAGAAACAGAAGAUCGACAAAACUCCAGUGGACUUCCCCAGGGCGUGCUAGCCUCAGCUACGGCCGAUGAACUGGCUCUGGUCGGAAUGGCAGAGUAUGAUGUCCCUCAAUUUUCCAUGAAUCAAACGUACAUCGCAGACCGCUAA